AUGAAACGAGUGCUAGAUAGAGAUUUUGAUUCAGAAUUUCCCGCCAAAGAAAAUAAAUAUUUCCAUCAUUAUGAUGAUGAAGAAGAUGAAGAAUUGGUUUCGAUUCAAUUAAUUGAUUUAAUUCCUCAUCACGACUAUCAAAAGUUGAUGAUCAAGAAAUUUGAAUGCCAACAGAAGGGAAAGGCUUUGUGGAGUAGACGGAGAGAAGAAGCCUUAAAUUGUUAUAAUUACAUUCCGAUUGAGUUUAGAAAAGACAAGAAAUAUGUUUCAAAUUUUCUGAGGAAGGCUAAUGUUCUAAUUACACCAUAUAAACCAAUUCUGCAUAUAACAGACAUGAUUGAUGAGGAAUUAUUGAAGGAUGAGGAAAUAAUUUUGGAUUUUGCGAAUUAUAACUUGAAAAAUUGUUCAAGGUUUAAUAGAGGUUCAAUAUUGAGUGAUUUAUUGAAUGGGGAAAGGAGAGAUGUUGGAUUAAAGUUUUUAGCAAUGCAUUAUGAAGAAUAUAGACAGUUUACAGAUGAAUACGGGUUUUCAUCGGAUGAUAUUAUGUUCAUGGUGAAACAAAAUGGAUUAAUUCUUGAAAUAUUUACAAAUCAUCGUUCGUGUAGAGAUAUUGUGAGAGAGGCAGUUCAGCAAAAUCCAUCAGUUUUGGAUUUAAUGUGUAACAACUAUAUUUAUAAGGAGGUAUUUUUGGAAGCCAUUGAUAGGAGGACAGAUUUUGGAAGUUCAUUCUCUAUUCCUAACAAUUUGAUUGAAGAUAGGGAUGUAGUGUUAAAAGUUGUGGAAAAACAUGGAGUUGCUUUGGAACAAGUAAGUGAGACAUUUAAAUCGGAUAGGGAAAUUGUAUUGACCUCAAUUAGGAAUAACGGAUUGGCUCUGAGAUAUGCCAAUAAGAUAUUCUUAACCGAUAAGGAAAUAGUGAGAGAGGGUCUUUGCGCAAAUGGAUCAAUAUUAAAUUUUCUAUGCAAUGAAUAUAAGAACGAUAGAGAAUUGGUAUUGAUGGCAGUGAGGAGCAAUUCAUUUGCUUUUCAAUAUGCAGCAGAGCAUCUCCAUAACGAUAGGGAGAUUAUUCUAGAAACCCUUAAAAAUCCAUAUGCGUUUGUAGUAGAGGUUGCACGUGAUCUUGGUUUGUUGGAAAAUAGAGAACUAGCUAUUCAAAUUGUACGGCAUAAUGGGCUGUUAAUCCAAUAUCUUCCUUAUUCGUUAAUGAAGGAUACAGAUAUAAUGAUGAUAGCUCUUAAGAAUAUGAACUUUACAGGAUCUAAAACACUGUUCACAUACUUCAGAGGAGAUUUCCAGAAGAUUUUACUUUCACAAAUUGGUGCUGAGUUUUCUAUUUGUAUGGAAUGUUUGAAAAAAGAUAUCGAAACACUAAUACAUGCAUGUGAAGCUCCAUUUAAAGAAGAGGCUAUGAUUGAAGGGUUAAGAUUAUACAAAGAAAAAGCGCUUUAUUACCUACCAUUUUUAUCUAUUUCUUCCAGUAAUAUUGAAUUUUUCAAACGGGCUAUUAAAGUUUUUGGAGGAGUAUUAGAAUUUGCUCCAAUGGAAUUGAAAAGCAAUAGGGAAGUAGUUCUUGAUGCUAUCAGACAGUUCGGUAGAAGUAUUUUUUACUCAAACAUAAUGGAUAGAGAGCUUAUUAUUGAGGCUGCAUGCCAAAAUUUGUCAACUUUGCAUGACACAAUUGGGUUUAUUGGCUAUCAGUACUAUGAUGAAAUUGAGGAAUUGGUAGCAGUUCAAACAGGACAAUGCUUUCGGUUCAAUAAGGAGAUAUUUCAAAAAAGAAUAGAUUAUGAAUAUUUUGGAGCCAAUUUCCUUUUUUGA